GUAAAUGUAUUUGUUUUGUAUAAGUUAAGUAAAAACAAGAACGCCAUAUUUUGUUCCAUUGGUCAAAGGGUCAUUCUUGUCCUUGCAUUGUGAAUUCCUUCGUUUUUACGGGUACAACGAUAAUAAAAAUACUGUAACGUAGGGUGUAAAAACUGCAUCUAUCUUUCUCUUAUCUUUUUCUAUUUUUAUUUUGUCUUUUUCUUUCUUAAAUGCGCGCGCGCACUUCUGCGUUAACUGUUUUCAUCGUUAAGAGAAAAUGUUCCGAUGAUGGACGAUAUCAGCGAUAAAAACUCGAACGAUGAGAAUCCUACGACGGAGGAUAAAAAUGAGGUUAAACCGAUUGAUCGUAUAAAGGAAAGGAAACGUCCUAAGGAAGAAAAAAGUAAAAUGAAAAAUGUCAAAAAGACUGGAGUACAUCUUUUAGAAACUGUCAACGAUGUACAAACUUUGAAAGAAAAGUUGGAUGUUAUGUCUAAAAAGUACUCCGAUAUGGUAGACGAUAACAAAAGAUUGUUGUUAAAUUUAAAACAAUCGGAGAAGAAGGUAGUGUUGUUGUUGAGAGAGAAAGAACAGUUUCAAAGCGAACGUAAUAAAGCUCUUUUAACUAGGAAAAGGUUAGAGAAUUUAUGUCGUGAAUUACAAAAACAGAAUAAAACUGUUAAAGAGGAGUGUUUGUCGAGACUCAAAAAGGAAGAAGAGAAGAGAAAAGAACUCUCUGACAAUUGUAAAAGUAUUUUGGCUCAUAUUAAUCAGCAAAUGAAUUUAACUCAUGAAAAAAAUGAGAAGAUGCAAGAAGAAAGUUUAGAAAUGAAUAAAUUAUUUAAAUCUUUGUGCGAUCAAGUUGCAUUUAAGGAGCAACAACUUAUGCAAGAACAUUUGCGUACAAAGAAUGAGCUUUAUGUAGCAUGUAACAAGUUGGAAGAGUAUAAAAUAGAAGCUACGGUAGAGAAAGAAGUUUUCUUAAGAGAAAAACAACAGCUUUUGCUUACAAUAAAUGAAUAUCGAACAAGAAUUGAUGAAUUACAAGCAGCAGAAGCUGCUAUGAAAACUCAGCUUGACUUGUAUACCAAUAAAUAUGACGAGUUUCAAAAUUGUCUUAAAAGAAGUAACAAAGUUUGUGGAGAAUUUAACGAAGAGAUGGAAAGGAUGUCUAAAAAAAUACUUACCUUGGAGAAAGAAACAUCUUUAUGGAAACAACGAUGGGAGCAGAGUAACACGGUCUUUGUCGAUAUGGCAUCUCAAAAACAAGCAAGAGAUUUGGAAUUGAAAAAAUUAAAAGAAAAAUUAGCUUUGUUACAAAACUUGUGUAGAAUAUUUCAACAAGAAAAAAAAUCUUUGGUUGCACAAUUGAAUGAGAAAAAUGCUAAGACCAAUAACAAUUCGAGUAAAAACGACGAGUCUCCCAAAAAUAGCAAAUCUAAAGAAAAAGAUCAUUCGAAGAAAGAAUCUAUAUCAUCGGAAAGUAAUAAAUCUAAAGAAAAAGAUGAUCAUUCGAAGAAGGAAUCUACAUCAUUAGAAAAUAUUAAUGAACAACUUGCUCCAACAAAUGUAGUUGUAUCAAUUGAACAAAGAUUAGAAACGGAAUCUAAUACAAAUUCCACGACUGAAAAGAAACAUGAAAUAAGUGAAGAUGAAGAAAUGACUAACUCAACGAUACAGAAUUGUUUACUUUCUUCUGAACCCUGCUCCGAGGAUAUGGAUUCUUCUUCUCAAGAAAAUAGAAUAGAAGGACAGGAAAAAAUAUCUUCUGACGUAGAAAUGGUAGAAGAAAAUAGUUCACAGACCCAAUCAAGUAUAGUAGAAUCAUCUUCCGUUAUUAGUACUGAAAAUAUAAAUGAGAAUGAAGUUGUAGAAAUGGAAAAUGAAGAAUCAAUAGAACGGAUAAGUAACAUGCUGUGUGAUAACAGUACAACAGAAAUUAAAUCUAGUUCGGAAAAUACAGUAAAUGAAAGUACAGUACAAAUAUCGAUAUCUAAAAAAGAAGCUGUUGAAACAGAACAGCAAGAUACAGAAAGUAGUAACCAAGAAAACAGUACUGAGAAAUUAAUCGAUAAUAUAGAAAAUAAAUGCACUGAUGUAGCUUUAUCUGAAAUAGAGACAGAGACUACGAUAGAACAAGAUAGAACAACUAAUUUGUCGGAAGAAGAUGUAAUUGACAAACCAUUAGACUUAUCUAAUGUUGAAUUAGAAAUAAAAUUAGAUGAUAAAUUAGAAGAAAUGAAUAUUAGUGUAGAAAACAUUCAAGAGAUUGAAAAGCCUGAAUCUGAAAUAAUAAAAGAUUCCACAGAAGUGAAUCCUAGUUUAGAAAAGAAAGUUAAAACUGAUAUGCCUUGUUCUAAAGAAGAUAAUAAAUCAACGAAGCAAAAUGUUACGACUGCAACUAAGAAUGUAAGAAGAAAGAAGAAAUAAAUAAAUGAUAGGAGCAUUAGAAUUAUAUUUAAGAUAGAAUCAAGCAAAACUACAUUUUUAUUUUUUAUUUUAUUGGAAAUGAUGCUGAGCUAUCACAAGAUUUCUGUUUCAUUAUUUUCAAAUGGAGGAAUAUCAGAUAAGUGCAUGUCUUCUUUUUUAAGUAAGAUAUUCAAUGAGAAUCAACGAGGUGUUUAGAAAUUGUAUCAUGGAAAAAAAAAACGAUUUUACACGCUUUACAAUUCUACAAAUAUUUUACUUGAUAAUUCAUAUUAUUCGUAUGAUACAUUGUACUCUCUUGAAUUAUAAAAUGAAAAUGAUAGUGUGGUCGUUGAUAGAAUUAUUUAUAGAGAGAUAUAUUAUAAAUA